AUGGCCGUCGCCGACGCGGUGCUUCCCUCGCCGCCGACGCCGCCGCCCCCGCCGGCGCGGAUCGUCGUCGUGAUGCUGCUGCUCUUGCGCUUCGCCCGCGUCCUCCGCGUCGCGGCGGGAGCCCUCACCUACGUGUGCUCGGCGGUCGCGUGUGUCUCCACCGGGGCCGCGGCUGCGCUGCUCGUCGCGCACCGCGCCUGGGGCACGCGCUCCGGCCCCUUCCUGUUCCUCCAGGCGCUCAUGUACGGGGGCCUCAAGGUUUGCGUCCUCAGCGUCCUUGCGUCGCUCGCGCUUGCCGUCCUGAUGGUGUGCGUCCAGCGCGUGGCAUACGAGAUUGCAGUUCGAACUGGAUCCAUUUCGGAAUACAAUAAGAGCCGCUUCGUAUCAAUCAAGCGGGAGCCGCUUUCACACUUGUUUUGGCUUCCGCGCACUGCGGUGCUUGGAGUGGCCGUGGAUGUGGCUUUCUUCCUGCUAACGGUCGCUGGUCUUCUGGUAGCAACGAUGUCACCGCACGUGGAGGGUUCGAAAUCUCAUGGUCAAAUGGCCGGUUCGGUGAUCAUGGAAGUGGGGUUAUUUGGUAUGCUCGUGACAGCUUGCUUUGUUACCAUCCCAGCGCUCAUUCUUCAUGCCUGGAGGAGGGACCAGGCGGAAUGGAAAGCACGAUUUGGCAAGGAGCUACAGUGCCCAUUCCGCUGA